AUGCCAGCACUAGGGUUUGAAAAGCUAGGAUUUAUUGCAAUGCGGAGUGGACGAGAAGGUGCUUGGCUAGGUGCGUCGCGGAAGCACAUCCUCUCUGACGUGACUAGGGCUGCAUUUGUCUACUCGGCACAGAAACGAAGAGCUACGGUAUCUGACAGUAACAGGCGUGCUGCAACCGACAAAAGCCACGCGAAAAAGGUCGAAAUAGGCCAAUAUGACAACCAAAAUUUUGAUAGCAUCUGUGCAUCUAUUAAGCGGACGCAGUGUGUCGUCGAAGGGCCAUCUGCAGUCAAUGUUGCCCAAUGUACCGGCUACCCUACGCACGCGCUACUCUUCCAACUACGAGCCUCCGAGUCGAAAACACCCCAAGUCUACGAACUAUUUACCGAAUCUACCCACACUACUGGAAUAUCUGCAGUGACGAACAUGCCUUAG